AAUGGGUGAAUGAGAUUGGUAACCGAAAGUUGCACAUGUUAAACCACGUUAAUUUGAAUUGUAAACAUUUGUGUUCGUCGUAACUAUUAAUCUCUUAUUUUUGUGUUAAUCAUGAGUGAUCAUCAAAUUAAUCGUCCGAACUAUCAAGUCAACCAGGAGAUUCUGGACCUAUUUCCUAAACUUCAUUGCAAUGAUGCUAAACUCCGUUUGAGUUCAGCUAACAAAAUACUUAAAAUAAUUUCUAAAGACAAGAAGAAUUGCGAUAGUCAUGAUUUCAAUUAUGUUGUCGAGCGUCUGAUCAAAGGGACUAAAUCAACUAAAGAUGCAUCAAAAAUUGGCUCAACUAUUCUUCUUACUGAAAUACUUUUUUCAUUUCCUGAUUUUCAAAUUAUUAAACUAUUUGAGAUUGCCAAACGGAUCCUUGGAGAUGUGAAUGAUCUUAGUUUAGAAGGCGUCACAGGCUGGACGUUGAUUUUUACUGCUAUCGUACAAUCCAAUCGUUUGGAUAUCUCUGAGAAGAAAACAUUGGAGCAAUUAGUUCGAUUUAUGGUUCAAUUAGGAGUCAAAAAACCUAAGUGUAACGUUGCCAUUUGUAACAUCUUUGCAAAGCUAUUUGAUAGCCAAUUUGAGCCUGAUAGUUUUGGUAAAAUACUAAACUCAUCGCUGAAAUUCAACGAAGGAGGAGAUACGCAUCCUUUCCAUUUAUAUCUCAUCUUAUUGAUUAAUAAACAUCCGGAGCUUUCUCUGGUUCUUGACCGUAUACCUACUGUUGACUUGGACUCUCCUGAUAAUUUGAUUGACUAUGUUAAGGCGACUGCCGUUCAUUUACCUUUAGUGCACCCUGCAUGUUUAGAACUUUUUCUGUAUCUAAAUGAAAAUGACAAAUUGGAGGCUUUUUGGGGACCUGUCUUCAAUGAUACCUUAUUUGGUCUCGAUCAUUCGAAUAAUGGUGCAUAUCACCGCUUGGGUUUCUCUCUCUUAACCUCCAUUCUACCUCAUCUAAAUGAGUCCAAUGCGAAAUUAAUAUUUUCUAAACAAAUGAUGGACUUAUGGAUGCAGUGUCUCUCUAAUCGCAGUAAUCGUCUUCAUGAUGUCGCUAUUAGUCUCAGCAAAGAGCUCGUUGAAAAAUAUGACGACUACAGUGCUUCACUCCAAGAAAGUAUCAUCACACUGUUGACAGAAUCUCCAGGAACUGUGAACUUUGAUGAUAUUACGCAUUCAAACACUGUAAAUCAGCUUUACGUUAAGACUAAAUCUGAAGCUGUGGAAGUCUUGGUAUCUCGCACUAUCGAAAAAAUCAAGGAUUAUAAGGCUCUGUCCGCUAGGGAUCGAAUGAGAACUUUAUACGUUGGGCAACUUCGGGAUUUGCUGAAAUCUUCCCAUUUAAGUGAAUCCACUGAAAUAAAAUUGAAUGUAUUAAAAUUUUUCUUGGCGCAUGGUUAUUUUGACGUUUCGCAUGUUAAUUCAUUGAAACUUUGCACUCCUGCUACAGAAGGUCUCAUUGAUAAAAUCAGAAUAUUAUUCUUCAAAAUUAUCAGUUCAACUUGUACUAGUAAACUUGAAAUAUUAGAAAGUAUUGGUCUAUAUGUACUUCGAUUACAAAAGGCAGAAGUACCUUUAAAGGAUGAAAAGAGUUUAUCGCUAUGGAAAAAAGUCAAAAAGAUGAAAAAACAGUUCUUAGCCGAUAAAAAUGAGGAAAAAUACAGCAAACAACUUUCUAUCUUCAAGCCUUUACUUUAUGGAAUCGCUAUCAGCUCUUUUCAAGACAAAGCAGAUUUAAAUGCAUUAAACAGCGACUUUGAGGAGCUGAUUGAGUGUUACAAACGGUCAUUAGGAGAAAAUACCGAAGAGGGUGAACCAGAAUGGCCCGAUGUUUUACUUGACAUGAUGAUUUCCCAAUUUCCAUCGCAAUCAGUUUUCUUAUCCUCGAUAAUGAUUCGUGUUUUUCGAUUGAUUGUUUCCAAUAUAACUCUCGAAGGGGUUGAACAAUUGAAAAUAGCUUUACUUGCUGAUAAGCUCGAAGAUGAUGAUGAUGAAGUUGGUGAAGGUGGCGAAGAAGAGGAAAAUAUCGAAAAACCCGGUGGAACAUCGGAUUCUGAUGGAGAUGAAGAAGAGGAUAUGGACGAUGAAGAACCAGAUGAUGUAGAUGACGAAUUCAGAGCAAAAGUUACAUUAGCCCUUGGACCUGCAGCAGAAAUCGGUGAUGAAUUUGGUGCCACAGUUGACGAUGAAGAAAUGUUUCAAUUAGAUGAAGCACUAGCUGAAGCAUUCCGAAGUAAAUAUUCUAAAGAUAAAAAUAUUCAAGCAACACUAAAAACACUACGAGCAAGGUGUUUGGAGCUUGUUGAAAUUAUUUUUAAAUCCAAAGACGUGUCUUACGAAAUCAUUCUUCAUCUCGUUCCUGUUCUCAUCGAUGCUAUUAAGCUUUAUAACGGACCAAAGGAUUUAGAGUUACGGAAUAAAGUUGCAAAAAUUUUGACGCAAUUACCAGUCGUAAAAAAAUUAAAAUCUCAACAAAUAAUUGACUCUAAAAUUCUAGAAAGCAUAUUGAAAAAAGCUGUCGACUUGGCUUCUAAAAUAGAUAUCCUCACUGUUCAAAAAUGUGCUGCAAGAAUUUAUGUUUGGACAAUGUCUAUUGGCAAACUUAUUGAAAAAGAUAUUGACUGUGGAUUCGACAAUCUUACGAAACUAUUGGCUGAUUUUUUCGUAAAAGCAAACAGUUGUGUCUCCAAGGAGUUCUUCUUGAUAACUUUUCAAAAUCAGCAAGUCCAUAAUUCUAAAUUGAUGGAAACUAUGUGUACGCAUGUUUUCGGCAAUCUAAGGCCAUUCAAAAAAGUUGGGGGACUUUCUCUGCUCAGUGCAUAUCUAAAAUGCUUCAAAAACGAUAUCAUUCAAGAUGCUAAAAGUAAAAGCUUAUUGGCCACAAUCAGAAAAGAAUCUGCCACUGGGCUGAUGAGUGCAGUUAAUGCCAAAAAGAAUCUAUUAACAAAUGAAUAUCUUAUUCUGUUAUAUGUUCUCAGUAAAAUAACUCCUUUAAAUUUAACGCCUGAAGAGGUUGAAAAAAUUGGAUCCAUGAACAAAAGUAUUAGAGGAAAUUUAACAAAAGCUGGUAAAUUGGCGCGAAAUAGAAUUUUGCCUUCAAUGGAUAAAAGUGAUGAUGAAAUGAAUCAAAGUGAUGAUGAAGAAAAUCAAAGUGAAGUAGAAGAUGAUGAAGAUGAUGUUGCAAAUGGUCAAUGUAAUAUCGUAGAAAAUCACAGUGAAACCGAAACGAAACAAAAUGAUACCGAAAUUGUUAAGUGUAUCAAAGAAGAAGAGCAAAAGGAUAAAGAAAAUAAUCAAAAUACCAUUGAUGAGAAUGUAAAUGAUGUCGAAGAAAAUCGAAGUGCUACUGAAAGUCAACAAAAUGACUCAAAAAUAAGCAAAACUGAUAUCGAUGAGAAUGUAAAUGAUGUCGAAAAGAGCCAAAGUGAUAGUGAAGAAACUCAAACUCCUAGUAAAAAGCAAAAAAAUAAUAGUGCUAAAAGUCCUGCUAUAAAUCAACAAAAUGAUACCACAAAAAGUCCUGGUAAAAAUCAACAAAAUGCCAGUGAAAAAACUCCUGAUGCAAAACAAAAAAUUGAUAGCACAAAAAGUCCUGCUUUAAAUCAACAAAACGAUAGCGUGAAAAGUCCUGGUAAAAAGCAAAAGAAUGGCAGCGAAAAAAGUCCUGGUAAAACUCAACAAGAUGAUAGCGAAAUAAGUCCUGUUAAAAAACAAAAAAUUGCUGUCGAAAAAAGUCCUGCUGUAAAUCAGCAAAAUGAUAUGAAAAAGAUUCAGAGUGAUAUUGAUCAAAGUCAAAAUGAUAUCAAAAUGGACCGAAAUGAUUGCCAAGAAAAUCAAACUCCUCCUAAAAGCCAACAAAAGGAUACAAAAAAGCGUCGAAGUGAUAUUGUUGAGAGCCGAAGUGAUAUCUUGAGUAAUCAAAAUAACAUUGAACCAAAAGAAACUGAGAAACCAGCAUCAGAAGCUAUGGAUGUUGAUCUUAAAGAGACAAAAUCGGAUAAAUCUAGCAAAACCAUGGAACUCAGUACACCAAUGCGAUUAACAAGAAGUAAGGCCAAAAGGGUAAAAGUUAAAUCUGAAGAGGAACAAUCCGAAGCUGACGAUGAAAUGCCAAGUUUCUCAGUUCCUCGUGUUGCGGUCGUUGAUACUCCCUUAAGGCGAUCAUUGAGGAAUCGAAAGACGUGACCAAAAAUAAUUACCAUUUAAAAACUAUUACUGAAUUUAUAUGAAUGUUUUUUUGCGCCUCGCUAGCUCUGAACUGUUUACCGUAAAAUUGGUCUUGAUGAUGUUUUGAGUUGAAUUAUGUUAAACAGCGAUAGAGUUAAAUUAAUGAAAAAAUAUGACUUCAAAGUAAUUAAGAUAAAAUAAGCCUUAAUAAAACCACUCUUGACACAAA